GUUGGCGAAGGAUCGACUGCCAAACGACGCAAACACGCCUGGAAGGCGACGAUGAUUUUGCAUGCAGCGACUUACUGUUUUGCAAUUGUGGGAUUGUUUUUAUGACACGGUAGUAUUCCUCUUCACCGAGCAGCGUGUUGGAGAUUGUAAAGCAAUUUCCUGUCAGUAUUCCUCUUCACCGAGCAGUGUGUUGGAGAUUGUAAAGCAAUUUCCUGUCAGUCUAAUAGAUACAAAUACUCUUAUACCGGUACUUUAGCGCUCCUCUGGAGGUACUAGCUUACUGGUUGGCCUCGCAAGUAGACGCUAAUAGCUACACAAGAGGUACCAUGACAUGACGUGUAUACUUGUUCAUUGGUUUUUUAGCCGUAUGCGAGAGAUUGGCGGGAGACUUUCAGUACACCGAGCAACUGGCUUGAGUAGACGCCUCACAGAGGUAUUUAGAACGAGGAUCGGUAGAUCUAAAUCUCACAUCUUCUAGUUUGGACGAUAGGGAUGGGAUUAUCGAGGUGUAGUUUUGAUGGUGAUAAUAUCGCAUGAUGGUGAAAUCAGGGAACCUGCUAGUAAUAAAUUAUAAGUUUGUAUCCUCUCUUUCAUCCUUCGCGACACUGAAGCGCCGCUCCAGUCAUCCUGGGGUCAUUUUCACGACUUCCGUGUUUGGGCUCGAUUCCCCUGUUGCCAAUCCUGGCGUCGCUUGGAUUCAGUCACCUAUGCCAGGCUUCAAAAGUACACCGGAUCGGGCGCUGGCCUGGGUUCAACUACAGUGCGAAAUUGCCGCUUCACUUGUGAGUCAGCUGUUGGGAAAUCAUGCACUGACCGCAGUUAUGGUUCCUCUGGUUGGCCAGAGGACACAGAGGCAGCGGGCUGGAUGUCGGCAGACCCUGAGCAGCAGAAGGAAUGGGACCCUGAAGCCCGAAUGGGGCCAGUGAGUGUUUUUUAGGUUUUCGUGCAGAGUGAGUUCGAUGAUGAUGGUGUUUUUUCGAGAUUUGGGUUUAUGCUGAGCUGGUUUAAAUUUAUACGAAUGCCUUGUUUGUAGGAUAAUUACUAGCUUGUUUUUGUUUGGUUUAGAGCGCGUAGAACAUGCGACGGGGUUUUUUGAUCAGGCGCAUUCUGUUUAUCAUGUGGUUUUCAGUUUGAAUCCUUGUUAUUUCCAUUUUGAAUUGUUCACACCUCCGACUGUCCUCGAGCGCGUGUCAUUGUUCUAGGUUUUAGAAGUACAAUCAGUCAAAGUUACUGAUUAUGUGUCUUUCUCCCUUGUUGCUGCACGGGAAUGACCGGUUGUUUUUUUGAGGUACCACAGUUUAUGGGCUGCGGCUACCACUACGAUUGCUCUCUUUUCUGUGUAUGAUCGAUCUCGCAGUUCUUGGGAAUGGUAUAGUAAUCGAGCAAUGGGUGAGCAUCAAGAUCAGGC